AUGGAUAUUGAUGAGGUAGAUGAAACUCUUCCCCCGAUAGAUGAUCAAGAUCAAAAACCUCUCACUCAGACUGAAAACCCUGCUCCUCCCACUCCUAAUGAAAAUGAAACAAAAGACUUUAAGCUUUCAGCAUGUAAAGGGAGGGAAAGAGGGGGAAAAGCGGUAGCUUAUAACAAAGAAGCUUGUAGGGUAGCCCUCACACAAUAUAUUGUGUUGGAUGAGUUGCCAUUUAGACAUGUCGAGGGUGAAGGGUUCAAAAGAUUUGUCAAAACACUCCAACCUAGGUUUGAGAUCCCUUCUCGAAUGACUGUUGGUGGAGAUGUAUUGAAGUUAUAUAAGGAGGAGAAUGUGACAUUGAAAAAUAUUUUGAGCCGUGAGAGGAUAUCGAAUACUACUGAUACUUGGACUUCCAUUCAAAAUUUGAAUUACACGGUCAUCACUGCUCAUUGA